AUGCUGGCACUGAUAACAGCAUUUGCCGCCACUUUAUAUAUACUGGGAGUGGGCAUUUUCGCUUUCUUCACUGUGUGCACGUUACGUGACGAUGUCAAUCACGGGUUAUUCACCGGUGUCUUGCGCAGAUUUCUGUUCUGGUCAGAACUGUUUUGCUCCACCUUGGCGGAAGUGCCUUUGCAUCUCAUUGUAAUGCGUCUUGUAUGCAUCAAGGUCUCCCAACUCUUUGGCGCGUUCGAUUACACGUUGGCACGAUGUGCUUAUUUUAUUGACAACCUGACCAUGUUCGGUCUCACUGUAUUAUUUAUUGAAAGCAUACGCGAAAAUGAAGUCGUUGAAAAAGUCAUUAAAGAAUUUUGCCAGAGACAAGCCCUGGAUUCCGUUGCCAGCAAGUUAAGGCUUCCCAAUUUCGGUCGUCUUUUAAAUCCCGUUUGGCGUCCGCAAAAUGUGCUAAUUUAUCCAGACAUUUCAUAUGCAACCCAUGAGGAAAAACUGAAGGCAAUCAAGGAUGCUGGUAAUGAUUAUGGUCAGCCAAGAAAAAUGCUUCUGGAUAUCUACACAUCGACGGAAAAAUCUUCGGGAUUACGACCUGUGUUGGUACACGUGCAUGGCGGUGCCUGGAAGACAGGAUCGAAAAAUAUAUUUUAUCCUCAUGAGCAAGUUUUAUUAUCGGAGAACAACUGGGUCAUUGUCAAUAUUGGAUAUAGAUUGGCACCAAAAAAUGCUUAUCCAACGCAUUUGAAAGAUGUCAAACGAGCUCUGCGCUGGGUCAAACGUAACAUUAGCUGUUACGGUGGAGAUCCCGAUUUUGUGGUUCUAAGUGGUGAUUCCGCAGGCGCACAUCUUGCUGCAAUGACCGUCUUUACGGAAAAUGAUGCGCAAUAUCAAGAAGGUUUUGAAGAUGUCGAUACUUCAGUGCGUGGUUUAAUCAGUUUCAGCGGUGCACUGGACAUUUCCAGUGAUCCUCGUCGAGGAGAAUUCUUUACACGUGAAGUUGCACGCAUGGAAAAAAUUGAUGCCGAGUUCCUGAGCUCUCAUUCUCCUAUCGAUUUGCUGGAAAAGGCCAAAGCAGAAAAUAAAAUUGUGCCUACGCUUCUUAUCGCCGGUGCUCAAGAUAGCUUGAUCAACAGUUCCACGAGUGAAAAAUUCAAAGACUGUUACAACAAAGUGAUUGGCAGCGACAAACCAAUGCAACAAUGUACUUUAUUGACAUUACGCGCCGGGCAUCAUAUCUCCUACAUUAGCUGGUCUCCUCGUUCAUUUUAUGUCACUAAACUGAUACAAACCUGGUGUGACCACCUGUAUGAGAAAAAUAAAUAA